GGGCGCCUGAAUCGAAUUGACUACGAGUACGCAUGAAACAACGUGGCCCAGGCCUAAAUCUGUUCAAACCGAGUUAGCUUUUGCUGCUUACGUCUAGCCCCUCAUUCCGCCCCUUGAUCGCCUUUGCACGGGGAAUUCAUAAUAUUGACAAGAUUCCCGUUUCAUGGUCUAGUCAACCUGCAUCAUGGCUCGGUAAUAUCCGUGCCAACGCUAAGCUACUGUGGCAAUACCGGCGUUCACCAGAAUGAUAUAAACCUUGACUGGCAACAAAUUUUAUCCAAGCAAAAGUCAAUCUCAUCGAAUUCCUCUGUAUCAUCUCCUCCUCCUCAGCUUGUUGCAUUACCGUCCAUGACCCACUCUCUGGCGGCCCUGCCAACUAUGUCUGCGGUACCACACGAUAUGAUGCAUUAUUCGAAUUCACAUAGUAGAGCGAAGAUGGAGUAUGCUAUGCAAAAACAGAGGCAGCAUGCAGCCGCGCAUCCCUUUGCAGCGCUCAACGCACAUGACAUGAGACGCACACCCAGUCCAUCGUGUGAAGAUGGGCACAUUACUGUCCGAAGACAAACCAAUAGCAGACGUUAGACAGCGACGUGACG